AUGGACCGGGGACUAUCAUUGACCGCUCCGCGUGAAGCAACGGAUGGCCGGACCGGCCGGCUCACAGCAAAGAAAAACACCGGGCACGCAACAUCACAGCGCGGAUUUCGACAUGUCCAAUCACCUCAUGGACGAGGUGACAAAUCUCAGGUCGCCGAGGCAGAAACCCUCCGGAGCCUCUCUAUAAGUCCGGCCCCCGGCGGCCGACUGUCACCGAUUCCACAUGGACCAUAUCACCCGCCGGGCGGUAUACACGUUACUACGGGCAUGAAAUUCUCACCGCUGAAGAGAUUCUGGACAGCAAACAAGCCAGCCAUACUCGUUGCCCUGUCGCAGCUAUUCGGCGCCACGAUGAAUCUAAGCGCCAGGUUCCUGGAGCUAGAGGGCGAGGGCAUGCACCCCGUGCAGAUGCUCCUCCUUCGCCAGGCCGUCACAUCCAUCUGCUGCCUGGCGUACAUGUGGUGGGUGAGCAUACCAGACUACCCAUUUGGCAAGAAGGAGAUCCGGUGGCUCCUCCUGGUGCGCGGAUGCACAGGCUUCUUUGGUAUCUUUGGCGUGUGGUGGUCCAUGAUGUACCUCCCGCUGGCCGACGCAACCGUCAUCACGUUCCUGGCCCCCGGCGUUGCAGGAUUCGUGUGUUACUUCCUCCUCAAGGAACCCUUCACGCGGCUCGAGCAGCUCGCCACGCUCGUGGCCCUCCUGGGCGUCGUCCUCAUCGCCCAGCCCGUGGCUUUGUUUGCGACGACGGCCGACGCAGCCAGCUCCAGCUCCGGGCGAGCCCGUCGUGCCUCCUCCAUCCCCGGCUCUGAUCACGAAACCACGCCUCGAGAACGACUGCUGGCUGUCGGCGUGGCCCUGAUCGGCGUCCUUGGUGCCGCUGGCGCCUUCACGACCCUCCGGGCCAUUGGGAAGCGGGCGCACCCCCUGAUUUCCGUAAACGCCUUUGCUGUGAUUUGCAGCAUUAUAUGCGUCACGGCGCUGGGGCUCGGCCCCGUCCUGGACAUCGGGCAGCCUUCUCUGCGGUGGAUUGCGCCGACGAGCCUGAAGCAGUGGCUGCUUCUGCUGUCACUGGGCGGGCUCGGCUUCGUCAUGCAGUAUCUUUUGACGGCGGGCCUGGCUGCGGACAAGUCGAACCGGGCGAAUGCCAUGAUUUACACGCACAUGCUGUUUGCUGCAAGCUUUGAUCGCUGGAUAUUUGGCCGACGCAUGGGGUUGAUGAGCUUUGCCGGAUGCACGCUCAUCCUGGGCAGUGCUGUCGGCGUCAUCUUUAUGAAGAGGGCACCUGCACCGCCAAAGGCCGAGGAUGUGGAGAGGCAAAGCAAUCUGUCUGGUGAGGCUGAAGGGUCGCCUAUGCUCGUAGGUGUUGCUGGGCAUACCGAGAGUGUGAAUCUCGAGAGAAUUAGAUAG